AUGUCAUCAAUCCUCCGCCAAAUAGUCGCAGGUCCAAGACUCCAACACCCAGAAGCAGGACUAGAUCUCUGCUAUGUAACCGACAACGUGAUCGCAACCUCCGGCCCCUCAGCAACCUACCCACAGCGCGCAUACCGCAACCCACUAGACGCCCUAGUAACCUUCCUCGAUAGCAAACAUGGCAAAAAUUGGUGUAUCUGGGAGUUCCGCGCCGAAGGCACAGGAUACCCAGACAGCGAAGUCUACGAUCGAAUCCACCACUUCCCCUGGCCAGACCACCACCCACCACCCUUCGCGCUGAUCCCGAAUAUAAUGGGCAGUAUGCGAAACUGGCUUCAGCACCUUCGUGACAACAAAGAUAAGAACAAGGAAAACGAAAAGGGACAGGGGCAGCGAGUCGCUGUGGUACAUUGCAAAGCCGGCAAGGGGCGCAGCGGAACGGUCGCUUGUUCAUACCUUAUCAGUCAGGAAGGGUGGAAGAAGGAGGAUGCCCUGCUGCGAUUUACGGAGCGGCGGAUGCGCGUGGGAUUCGGGCAUGGUGUUAGCAUCCCGAGUCAAUUGCGUUAUGUUGGCUAUGUGGAUCGGUGGACGAACCAGAUGGGGAAGCAGUAUGUUGAGCGGCCUGUUGAGAUCCUUGAGGUUCAUAUUUGGGGUUUGAGGGAUGGGGUGAAGGUUGCUGUGGAGGGGUAUGAGGACGAAGGGAAGAAGAUCAAGUGUGUGCAUUUGUUCCAUCGGAGUGAACGCACUGUUGUUGAAGACUGUGAUUCUGCGCCUGAACCUGAGUCGGAGGGUGGCAGUGGCAGCGGCGAUAAGGGGUUGGAUUUACCAACUGGGAAACCACUUUCGUCGGCUGCUACUUGGUCGCCUACAGCCUCGGGGUCACAAUCCGACGUCUCGGGAACAAGCACAGACGCAGGAGCACCAGGGCAACGCCUACCCGCCAUAAUCUUCCGACCCAGCAAACCAGUCAUAGUCCCAAACUCAGACGUGAACAUCGACUUCGAACGACGCAGCAAAGCCUCCUACACAGGCUUCGCAAUGGUAACAUCCAUCGCACAUGUCUGGUUCAACGCGUACUUCGAAGGCGGCGCAGACCACGACUCAGGCGUCUUCGAGACAGAAUGGAGCGCCAUGGAUGGGAUCAAGGGCAGUGCGAGAAAGGGGAUUCGCGCACUUGACAAGCUCAAGGUUGUAUGGCGGUAUCCCCCACCCGAAUCGGUGGGUCUCAGUGUCAGUGCCACCGGCGAGGGUAAAGGGAAGAGCGUGGAUACGACUGCUUCGGCGGAAGGGCGGCCGAUCAGCGAGCCCAAGCCUGGGGAUCCAAUUCCCGAGAGUGAGCCUGCUGAUUGGCGUGGCCAUGCGGAUAAAGAUGAAGAAAAGGAAUCAUCAGAGAGUUCAUCGGUAAAGAGUGCUUCGGCUGGUGUAUCGGCGAAGGCGAAGGGGAUGGCGCAUGCGCUUGAGAAAGAACUUGGGUUGAGAAAACAGGGGGAUGAGAGUAAGGAUGUGAGUCUUGCUGGGAGUGAGGAUGAGAUGGGAUUUACUACAGAUGAAGAAGGGAGAAAGGUGAAAGCGAAGAAGAGUACUGAGGACGAUGUAGGGUUGGAAGGGGUGAAGACGAGUCUUGGGAAAAAUGGGGAGGAUAAGGAUAAAUAG